AUGGCACCCAAGGAGAGCGAUGUCCCGCAGCCAGGACCAGCCCGUCUGUCCAAGGGUGCGGGGCCCGACGAGUGGCUGGAGCAGGCAAAGACGUGCAAGUACCUGCCCGAGGCUGAUAUGAAGCGACUGUGUGAGAUUGUUAAGGAGUGUCUCAUGGAAGAAUCCAACAUCCAGCCCGUGCGGACUCCAGUCACGGUGUGCGGCGACAUCCACGGCCAGUUCUACGACCUCCUCGAGCUCUUCCGUGUCGCUGGAGGCAUGCCCAACGACACCCCCGCUGCGCCUAUAGCUCCCCCAGUCACAUUACCAAGCACAAUCAACCCCGCAGACCUCGAGCCUCCGACUGCCAUCACAGACCCGCGCGUCAAGCGCAAGAUGAAGAGAAGAUUCCAGCGCGAUCCCAACUACACCGGCCCUGUAAGUCCGCCCGGUGGCGAUGGCGAAGACGAGGACGGCGACGAGGAAGAGGAGGAGCGAGGCCGCAGCCGAAGUGUACAUGACAGGCGGAGUAUGGGCUCGGCCUCAGACGCCGACUCGACGCGUAAUACAGUUGUUGGCAAUGGCCAGCAGAACUUCAUUUUCCUUGGUGACUUUGUAGACCGAGGAUACUUCAGCUUGGAGACUUUUACCUUGCUCAUGUGCUUAAAGGCAAAAUUCCCCGACCGCGUCACUCUAGUCCGCGGAAACCACGAGUCUCGACAGAUUACUCAGGUCUAUGGCUUCUACGAAGAGUGUCAGACAAAGUAUGGCAAUGCUUCUGUAUGGAAGGCAUGCUGCCAAGUCUUCGAUUUCCUCGCUCUGGCCGCCAUUGUCGACGGAAAGGUUCUUUGCGUCCACGGAGGUCUCAGCCCAGAGAUCCGCACAUUAGACCAGAUCCGCGUUGUUGCACGAGCGCAGGAGAUUCCGCACGAAGGCGCGUUCUGCGAUCUAGUAUGGAGUGACCCUGAAGAUGUGGAUACUUGGGCUGUAUCGCCACGAGGCGCUGGAUGGCUGUUUGGAGAUAAGGUCUCUUCCGAGUUCAACCACGUCAAUGGUCUGCAACUCAUCGCACGUGCCCAUCAAUUGGUCAAUGAAGGUUACAAGUACCAUUUCAAAGACAAGGAUGUUGUCACUGUCUGGUCAGCGCCCAACUACUGUUACCGUUGCGGAAACGUUGCAUCCAUUAUGAACCUGGGCGAGGACCUGAAGCCAGAGUUCCAGAUCUUCUCGGCGGUGCCCGAUCAUCGACGAGCAGUGCCUGCGGGCAGAGGCGGACGCGGAGAAUACUUCCUAUAGGAGGGAAUCGACCCAGAACGAAUUGAACACCAACGAGAGCUGUUGAGUUGGCCCAGGUUGAUCAACUCGACAUUUCAGCCCACGCAUCGCGCUUCGCGGGCAAUCGUGUUGUGGCAUAUGCGGCAGGUCAGGAUAUGGACAGCCAAAGCAGACGGUCAUGGAGAAGCGGUGAGGAUCAAGUGUACAUGCUGGAAGAUGCACUUUUACGAAGACGAUGGAACGAAUACCCAGGACUGCCCUAGAUGCGAUGAUCACUUUGUACAGUACUCGCUCGUAGAUAGCAUCACACAAAGGACUUGCUCAGAAACCA